CUGCACAAAAGAGCAUCACCGGGUGAGGAUGUCUACUUCGAGAGGUGCUUCACGGAGGAAGAUCCAACUUGGUACGAAGAUGAAGAAGCCACAUCGAGAAGACGAACAACCAUAUCGUUCGGUGAAAUGAUCGGCUGCGACAAUGACAAGUGUGAAAUCGAAUGGUUCCAUUUUGAAUGCAUCGGUCUGACUACAAAACCGAAAGGAAAAUGGUUUUGUCCAAAUUGUCGGCAUCCUGAUAGUGCUCGAAUACCAAAAGCUGCUCGAGCUAUCAGUAGUAUAAACAGUCGAAAUUCCGCAGCGGUUGAGAAAGUCUAG